AGAUGGCGGCGCGCUGGGAUCGUAACACCUGCGUUUCUAGGAGCUUCACGCUGCAAAUGGCUUGAGACUGGGGUUAGAGGCCCACUCCAGACUGGUGGUCUGGCUGGAAUUUUGCUCUCAGAGAUGGCUCUGAGUAAAUCAAUGCAUGCAAGAAAUAGAUACAAGGACAAACCUCCUGACUUUGCAUAUCUGGCAUCCAAAUAUCCAGAUUUUAAGCAACAUGUUCAUAUAAAUCUGAAUGGAAGAGUGAGUCUUAAUUUUAAAGACCCUGAAGCAGUUAGAGCUCUGACUUGUACUCUUCUAAGGGAAGAUUUUGGACUUUCUAUUGAUAUUCCAUUGGAGAGACUAAUUCCCACAGUUCCCUUAAGACUCAACUAUAUUCAUUGGGUAGAAGAUCUGAUUGGUCAUCAGGACACUGACAAAAGUACUCUCCGAAGAGGAAUUGACAUAGGUACUGGAGCAUCCUGCAUCUAUCCUUUACUUGGAAGUACCUUAAAUGGCUGGUAUUUCCUUGCAACAGAAGUAGAUGAUAUGUGCUUCAACUACGCAAAGAAAAAUGUGGAACAGAAUAACUUAUCUGAUCUUAUAAAAGUGGUAAAAGUACCACAGAAGACACUCCUGAUGGAUGCUCUUAAGGAAGAAUCUGAGAUAAUCUAUGACUUUUGCAUGUGCAACCCUCCCUUUUUUGCUAAUCAGUUGGAAGCCAAGGGAGUAAACUCUCGAAAUCCUCGAAGACCUCCACCUAGUUCGGUAAAUACAGGAGGCAUCACAGAGAUCAUGGCAGAAGGAGGCGAAUUAGAGUUUGUUAAAAGGAUCAUCCAUGACAGUUUACAACUUAAAAAAAGAUUAAGGUGGUAUAGCUGCAUGCUGGGAAAGAAGUGCAGCCUUGCUCCCCUGAAGGAAGAACUCCGCAUACAAGGGGUUCCUAAAGUCACCUACACUGAAUUCUGUCAAGGUCGGACAAUGAGAUGGGCCUUAGCUUGGAGUUUUUAUGAUGAUGUAACAGUACCAUCACCACCAAGUAAGCGAAGAAAAUUAGAGAGGCCAAGGAAACCCAUCACAUUUGUAGUGUUGGAAUCUGUGAUGAAAGAAUUAUCCCUCAAAGCGUCGCCUCUGGGCUCUGAGACAGUGGAAGGAAUAGUAGUUGUGACAACAUGGAUUGAAAAAAUUCUCACUGAUCUGAAGGUCCAGCAUAAACGAGUUCCCUGUGGAAAGGAGGAAGUCAGCCUUUUCCUAACAGCCAUAGAAAACUCCUGGGUUCACUUACGGAGAAAGAAAAGAGAAAGAGUGAGACAGCUGAGAGAAGUGCCUCGUGCUCCUGAGGACGUCAUCCAGGCCUUGGAAGAGAAAAAGGUCGCCCCCAAAGAGCCUGGCAGGAGCCAGGAUUUGGCCCAGGACACCCAGGAGAGUGCCCCGUGUGGGCCUGCUCCACAGGAAGGCGAGCCAGCCGCUGUAGAGGGCUGUGACCCAACCCGGGAUUCGCUGUCCCGGGAAGAGAGCCCAGAACCCAUGGAGGACGGAAGGAGCGAGGAAAAGGGGGAGGGGGAAGGGGAGGGGGGGCGUAAAGGCCCUGGCAGCGGAGCCCAGGACCCAGAGGCUUCUGAGCAGUUCAUCAACCCAGUGUCUGAAAAGGGGGACCACCUCCAAGGAGUGGCUGGACGUUACCUUUUCAAGUGUUUGAUAAACAUUAAGAAGGAGGUAGAUGAUGCCUUAGUUGAAAUGCAUUGGGUUGAGGGUCAGAACAGGGAUUUGAUGAACCAGCUUUGUACCUAUAUACGUAACCAAAUUUUCAGGCUUGUUGCUAGUUAACUCCAAACUUCUUGCACAGUUGGGAAAGUUCAAUAAAGCAACUUCCCUUGGAGUGGCCUGUGGGGUGGCAAGAGGAAUUCUAUCAUGAGCCUGUUGGUAGCAUUAUGUGGAAUUAUCUUUACAAACAGAAACAAAUGGAUUCAUUUUUAAACACACACACACCUUUUUUUUUUUAAGUUACAGGGCAUUGUAGUAUGGUAGUUAAGGAGGAAGAAUUGUGGCCAUCAUCAUCAACAAACAGCCAUCAUAAAACUCUUAAGGGAUUUAAACCUGACUUAAACUGAUCACGUUAGCUUUAGACUACUUCUCUGAGGCCAAAAGGAUUAUUUUUGGAAUCUGGUCUAGGUCAGAACUCUACAGAGCAUCAUGCGUUCUCAUCCCCCAAAUCGAGGCAGAACACCAGAUAGGCUCUGUACCCUCUUCUAGAGUCACCUUAAAGACUGAAGACUUUCCCUGUACAUAUGAUUGACUGCUCCUGAGUCAGUCCUAAGAAAAGAAACCAGCCUGAUGGUAGGUGGCAGGAGAGUCAGGGAGAGGCUUAGUAAUGCCAGAAGGCCGAUCUGGGGAGUACCUGGAGCUGUCACAUUCCUGACUCAUGUCUGCUUUGAUGUUGCUUAUUUCAGAAACAAUUAGGUAAGCAGAACUCCCAGGUGGGACUGAGAAGCCAUACCCCUACCUCCAGCCUGGUGAAAGUACUGUUUUGUAGCAGUUUUACUAGUGUAUGACAUUUGAAAUGGAGCUUUGUUUUGUUUUUAAAUAUAAGAGUAUUCUGAAUUGAAAA